GUGUAUAAUUUUUAGGGGCCUUGAAUCACUUGUUUUGUGUAAAUUAUUGAGCUCCUAGGACGUGUUUGUUAUCAGUAGAAUAUUGAAAGAGGGCGGUCAGAGAGAAAAAAUGUCCUGCUUGACCUCGGACAACUCGGGCGCACACACACGCAUACAGCGUGCUGCAUAAUUGGUCAGAGGUUGAGAUUAGGUCUUAAAAUGCUCCGCUUGCACAAGUACCAUAUCAGCAGUCUACACUGCCCCUAAUCCUUCAUCACACGCAUACAAACCCACUCCAACCCCUCCUACAGGGUCGACGCAGUCAGACUCUGAACAUUUUGUGUUGAGCGCCCCUUUAACUGAAUGUCCUUGCAUACACACACUCGCACACACACAAACAAGCUGAGAUGCCGGGCUCUGGUUUCAGUCAGACUGCAGGCGUCCAGCACAGCUGUUGGGUUUGAGUUUUUGUUUUCAUGCAGUGGUUGCUGGGAGUGUGACUGCGCUUUCAUUUGAGAAACUUGGGAACUUUAGAUGAAGCAGCUUGUGGUUCGCUGUCUUUCUGGAUUGGAAAUAUUGGAUUGUUACAACUUUUACACCUGAUGAGGCUGGACUUGUGUUUAGGAGGCUGAGAAAAAGGCAUAAGCUCUCACCUCCAGCCCGGAGGACAUCCAGCGUCACUCCUUCUUCAUUCCGAGGCCAUGACCGAGCCCAAGGCACCUCCGACAGUGAGUGGUGUAACGUGGACACGGGUGUGCAAGGAAUGUGGACAGUGCCAUGAAAGUCAGGACAGUCACCUGUACGAAUACCAGGAUGAGGUGGACGAUGAGCUGGUUUGCCACAUUUGCCUCCAGCCACUGUUGCAACCCAUGGACACACCGUGCGGCCACACAUACUGCUUCCAUUGCCUCAGCAACUUCCUGCACGAUCAGGACUUCUGCCCCGUGGACCGCCAGCGGCUUCAGCUGCAACACUGCCGCACUUCCAGCCUGCUGGUGCGCAAUCUCCUGGACAAACUCACCGUGCUGUGCCCGUUCCCCAGUGAGUGCCAGCAAACCAUGCAACGUUGCGAGCUGCAGCCCCAUCUGCACAACAGAUGUCCUGCAUUCCGACGGCUCAGGGAGGAGGCAGAGAAAAAGAAGAAACCUUCCUGGAAUGAAUUAAAGGGAAGCAAAUCAGAUGGAGAUUUAACUGAUAUCAAAUCCACACGCACAGCUCAGCUUGCUGGGCCUUCAGAACCUGGCUUGGUUAACCAUGCUUAUGAGGAGGGUGAAGAUGACACCCCUCUGAGGUCCAGUCUCGUAGCAGAGGCGAGCUUAGUGGAGCUGGUUCGAGAGGAUCCAGAAGAAGAUUUGGGAUUCCGUAUAGUUGGAGGGAAAGACACGCCCUUGGGUAACAUUGUAAUACAGGAGAUUGUGUGUGACUCAUUAGCCGCUCGGGAUGGUAGACUAGCACCAGGUGAUCACAUUUUAGAGGUGAAUGAUGUGAGUUUGGCAUCCAUACGUCACAGUCGUGCCAUCUCUAUUUUGCGAAAGUCGGGUUCCCGUCUCAAGCUGACUGUCAUGCAGGAAAAGGGCUUUAAGCCCCGAUCAGAUCUCACCCAACCCUCAUCCUCUUCCUCGGCACAGCCAACUAAUCCCAACCAGAACCACGGCGCUGUCAUCCAGGUUACCCUGGUAAAACGUGAGCGCUCUGAGCCAUUGGGCAUCAAACUCAUCCGAAAACAGGAGGAGCCUGGAGUCUUUAUCCUAGACCUGCUGCCAGGAGGCCUGGCGGCCCAAGACGGCAAACUGCGAAACAACGACAAGGUGCUGGGCAUUAACGGACAGGAUUUAAGACAUGGUACCCCGGAGAGUGCAGCUACAAUCAUACAGGCAAGUGAAAUGCGAGUGAACUUUGUAGUGAUGAGGCUUCCUGAUUCUUCUGAGGAGGGGGGUGAUGGACCAAGCAGAGGGGCUAGGAAGGCCCCCGAACCCCAGUACUUUAGACGUCAGUCCACAUACGUAAAGGAUCCUCCAUGUGGGUUCUCAAGUCAAGAGAAGACCAUGAGUCUAAAGAAGGAACCUCGACUCUCUCUUGGCAUCACCAUUGCAGGUGGGAGAGACUGUCGAAGCCGCUUGCCUCUCUACAUCACCAGUGUACAGCCGGUGGGUUGCCUGCACAGAGACGGCACCAUCAAAACAGGUGAUGUAUUGCUGAGUAUAAAUGGUAUUGACCUGACUCAGCUGACCUACAAUGAGGCAGUGACUGUCCUAAAGGCCCAGACCGCUCACAGUACGGUGACACUAAAAGCUAUCCAGACCUUCACGGAUGAGGAGGAACAGGAUGGAGAAUCUAGCAGGAGAGAAGAAAUGGACACACAGGAUGGUCUCAAAGAGGAAGACGUUAACUGGGUUCCUCUCUGGACCCGAUGGCUAGGCCUACCUAGCUGCAUGCACUGGUGUCGUGAUAUUAUGCUGAUGAAGACCAACAGUGAGAGCUGGGGCUUUAGUAUUGUCGGGGGAUAUGAAGAGAGUCGUGGCCAGCAGCCCUUCUUCAUUAAGACUAUAGUGCCAGGAACGCCAGCCCAUUUUGAUGGUCGCCUCAAGUGUGGUGAUGAAAUCGUGGCUGUAAAUGGACUCACUACAGUCGGGAUGAAUAACUCCUCUUUAAUCCCAAUGCUGAAACUGCAGAAGAACAAAGUCACAUUGACUGUGGUCUCCUGGCCGGGCAGUCUAGUUUAAGACCAGCCUAUACUAAACCACUGUUACUUAUUCUACCACAAAGUUGAUGUACAGCGUUAUUAUAACAGAUUAUUUUUGUUCUUCCUUAACAACAGGUUGCACUUAAGUUAGGGAUGACAGCCAGAUUUUUAAACAGGUUACCAGGAUUAAUAACAGGAAGGUUAUUAUUUAAUCCACAACACUGUAUAAUACUCUAUAUUGAGCUGUAAGGGUGUGAGAUAUUGACUAAGAGACAGUAAACAUAAACGUUUUAAAUUGGGACAUUAUACCUGCUUUCUUGUCUGGAUCCAUUUUUAGAAUGUACAUAUAAAAUGCUUUAUUUACAUAUAUAGCCUUUAAGCAUUUUGUAGAUGGUUUCUGAAUCAAAGUGGACAAGUAGUGUUGUAAUUUUUGUAACUACAUGUAACUGGGCCUUGGAUAUCUGCUGUUACGUGUUGUAAGCAUAUUUACACUAUUGUAAACCUUUGCAGUUGUGGUUAGGGUGUAAAUUUAGACCAUUUCUAGAACUACAGCUUAGCUUGUUUGUAAUAUUGGUAAGAAUGUAUCUCUUGUGUGCCUUGCAUAUAAAUGUGUACAAAAGCACACUGAUCCACACCUGCCUUAAUUGCUGUAACCCAAAAAUGCCACCUUAAGCCUUUAAUCAUUUUUUCAACUGCUUAUUUGAACUUGAUGGGUUUUUUUUUUUUGCUUUUUAAUGCAUUUCAGUGAAUUGAUGUGCCCUUUUUAGUAUUGCAAUGGAGCUAUGAAUGAAAGAUUCUGGUUUAUUUUGUCAUUGUUGACAGAACUAAUACCAAAGAUCUACAUUUUACUACUGCUAAUCAUUUUUUGUAGUACCUCUGGGAUUCCCAGGCCGUAACAGCAGCUUGGUCCUAUUGGGUGUCUGAGCCACUUGAAGGGCAAGUGGGUCACAUGCUGUCAAACUGGAGAUCUGUGGAGGAUGUAAAUCAGUCCUAUGCAGUUUAAUUUUGAACUGUGAACCUUGGUUUUAAUUCCUGCUGUGUGGUCAAUUGUAAAGAUUAAAGGGAUGUUUUAAUUCA